AGAUCUCAAACUAAAGAGAAAUUGGUCAUUUCUCUACCCUUUUCUGCUUCACCUUUUGCAAGGAGUUAAAAACAAAACUUCUUCUUGCAGACAAGUUGACAGGGACUGUGAGUUUCUCGAGCAGGAGAGGAUAAUGGACUAUAGCCUUUUGGUUGGUCUUCACUUCAGAGAAGCAACAAACAGCUGCGACCAUACUCCCCCUGGUUGUGUAACACCAACAGAUAAUGGUGGUGCAGAAGAAUCUCUUCCCCGCCUUUCUAGAGCAGACAUGGAUCAACUGCUUCUGGAUCCUGCAGGGUGGGCUAGCAUCAGAUUGGGAGUGAAUAUGCCUGCCAAGGUUGAAAGGACAGAGAGGAAAAACGAUGGCGAAAUUCAGCUAGUAGGAGAACCAACUGGAGAAUACUAUGAUGUAAUAAUAUUCUUUAGCAUCAUAGACAUACUUCAAGACUAUGACAUUUCCAAGAAGCUCGAGCAUGCAUACAAGUCCAUCCAAUAUGAUCCAACUUCCAUAUCAGCUGUGGAUCCUAAACAAUACUCGAGGCGUUUUCGAGAUUACAUAUUCAAAGUUUUUGCAGAAGACAUUUGAAGGA